AUGGAAAAAUCGCAAGCGCUAUCUGCAGGUCCGAAUGCAGCGAAAAAGCCUACGGUGAAUGAUGAGCGUAUGGCUCAAGAUCGACGACUACCCCCAUACCCCCAGUCAGGGCUACCAAACUCUGAACCUGAACAUGCAGAGAGCUCUGAAAACGAUGGAGCGCUCAGCUGGAUCACGGCAAUGAAGCCUUCCGAGUUCAAAUCGAGGUCAAAAAUGCAAACUGUACGCCAAACAGCUAUGGGUAGUUACCUGAAGGCCAACAAGGGAGGAGCUCGGAAGCCGAAUAUGGAAGCCUCGGACCAUCCCAGGACCAACGAGACACCUCGUUCACGACGCAUGACUAGCCACAACACAGCGUCGACUCUUGAUAGUUCGUUGUCUCCACCACAUUCUGUGGCUGAAUCAAGCGGUGGAACUACUGAAGCUGUACCUCGACCCUUGUUCCAAGCCCUCCGACACGACCACUUCUACUCCACAGCAGAUGCCGAUGAAGAGUACGCUCGUUCAGAGUUGAAUACCAAUUUUUCUUCUGGUCAAGCCAGCUCGUUUCAGGAUCCUGUAGCCCAUACAGCCUUGGAGGAAGGGCCAAGCUUGAAGAAAGCUCGACAUGGCAAGACGGACAUCAAGACUGGGUUAGCGCCACCGCCUGAUCCCCGUCCUGCGGCCCCUCUUGACUGUCAUGCCGAAAUAUCCUUGGACGUCGUGCGAGACAUUUUCCUCACCUUCGAAGGCAGUAUUGGCCUUUAUAUCCUAGUCAACGGCCUUCUUCAGAUCAUCGUACCGGACAAUUUCGACACUGAGUGGGCAUCUUCGCAUCUUCCACACAAGUAUGGUGGUCUUAAAGUCUGCUAUAUCGAGAGAACUCUGGAGCCUACCAUGUUAUCAAAGACAACUGAGACAAGUAGUAUUGGAAAGAUCGGGAAGACAUUUGAUAAAGAAGCUGGAAAUUAUCCAGACGGUUUUCUUCACGACGUCACGCUUAUUGAAGCUGUGUCGCUGGCUACGCUAGAGGGCCUUGUAUCACCCUUCACCGACCUUGCAUCACUUGUCUUCGACAUCGGGUGGCUCCGCCACGACUCUUGGGCGGCGCUCCGCCAACAGACAACCACGGUCAAGCUCCUAGCUGACUCCUCGAUCGCGCGGUCUCUGAAAAGCAUCCAAGGCAGCCGUCCGUCGGAUAUCCUUGUUGUAGGCGAGGGCAUAUUCCUAAACCAAAAGGCUGCAGCGGGGGGUUCAAAGAAUCUCAAAGAGCACGACGCAGCGACAUGGAAAGAUCUCGUUUCGCGCGCACUCUUAUAUCGUGUGCAUCCCGACUUCGAUCCACCAGAAGGCCAUAGUGGUACCGCACUUUAUGCGGACGGGGUGAGGGAAGAUGGUACAUACGGUCCGGGCAUUGUGGGCUUCCAGAGCUUCGUGCAGCGCAGCGGUCACGUGCAGAAUUUCGAGAUGGAAGGCCCCGCGCUCGAGCGCAGAUUACAACUUGGAAGGGUUGCAUUUUACGGAGCGUUUGAAGUUCCCGCCGGGCUGAAGGAGUACGACAUUAUCUGA